CUCCUAGAAGGUGGUCUCGAUCAGUGGGGCAUGGAUAUUUUCAAGCUGGCUGAGUGUACCCCCAAUCCCCUAACCUGUGUCACCUACACAAUCCUCAAGGUGAGUGUUCGCAAUUGGUUCCUCCUCUAG